UGGAAGACACCAUCAUCAUGACAUGUUGGGCUUUGGGCUUCUAUCCCAAGAAUAUCUUUCUGACCUGGCUUCAGGAUGGGAAACCCCUGAGCCAGGACACACAGAAGUCUGGGAGUAUCCUGUCCUAUGGGAAUGGGACCUACCAGACCUGGGUGUCCACCAGGAUUCCCCAAGGACAGGAGCAGAGGUUCAGCUGUCACGUGGGACACAGCGGGAAUCACAUUAAUGGCACUGUGUCUUGUAGUGAGCCUGAGGGUCCCAUCAGGGGUUCCCAACAAGGCACUGCACUGCUGCUUCGGAGCCGAUGGCCCACCAUUCUGGCUGCUGUUGUUGGUGCUGUGAUCAUCUUGUUUUGGCUCCUUUGGUGCAAGAAGAGGAGGACAACAUCAGCUGCACAGGGUCCAGGCCGAGAGUCUGCACGUUCCUGGAUAAGCAGCCGAGGGCACCAACUGAUCACAGUGGACCAGGCGCAGGCCUAUAAUCCCAGAGACUGGGCAGACUGAGGCAGGAGGGUUGCAAUUUAGUGAGGUCCUAAGCAACUUGGUGAGACCUCAUCUCAAAACAAAAAUUAAAGGACUGGGGAUGUAGCUCAGUAGUAAAGUGCUCCUUGUUCACACCCCAAUAAAAAAAAAAGUUACCACACUGGAACCUUGAAGCUGUGAUUUCUGCUUCUGUGUCAGUUCCUGGCUCUCCUGAUGCAUCAGGGAGCUUAGACUCUGCUGUCCCUGGCUAGGCCUGGACUCGGCUUCCUACCCUCCUCUGACUAGCACUUUCUCCCUUGGUGCCUUAGGUUCCUCU